GUGAAAUAGAAAUAUUGCGUUUGGAUUGCAAAACUAAAUGUGGAAGUUUUAUUGCAAUUUCUUCCUAUUAUUCUUUCUUGCUUUUAUUGCAAUCGGUUCCUGUGGAACAGAAGUUGUUCAUGAUGCUGUAGAACUCAUUGACGGCUCUCAUUUGCAAAAGGAAGAUACUUAUCUGCCCAGAAAGACAGUAAAAAGGGGCGUCUAUGGAUAUGGAGGAUACGGAUAUGGAUACGGACACAGUUAUCCGCAUUAUUCCUACUCCUUUGCUCCAUUAUAUAAAGAUUACGAUUAUUACGGAGGAUACGGACAUGGAUUAGAUUACUAUCCGUAUUAUUCAAGUGGAUAUCAUGGGUAUGGAGGUAUUGGAGGCCAUGGAUACUAUUGGUAAAUGAUAUGUGUAUGUGUAUAUGUACUUACGUACUUUGUUCUAUGUAUAUACGGCAAAAUAAA